AUGAACCCCGACGGCGACGCGAUGGCGGCGGACGUGAUCCCUGGAUGCGGUGGCGCCGGCAGCAGCCUGUCCGACCUAUUGGCCGGUUCACUGGCCGGCGUGGCCGUCGUGCUGGUGGGCCAGCCGCUGGACACGGUCAAGACCAAGCUGCAGACGUUCCGCGGCCUUUACUCCGGGCCCGCGCACUGUCUGGCGCACACGUACAGGAAGUCCGGCCUGCGUGGCCUGUACGCCGGUUCGUCGCCGGCCAUGGUGGCCGGUGUGGCCGAGAACUCGGUGUUGUUCGCGUGCUACGGCCUGUGCCAGCGCGCGGUGGCCGCGGUCACAGGCGCCCGGGACGCCAAGCAGAUGGACGCGCUCAGCAACGCGGUGGCCGGAUGCGCGGCGUCCGUGUUCUCGUCCGUGGUCCUGUGCCCUGCAGAACUGGUCAAGAUCAAGCUGCAAGCGGGUCGCGAGCUGGCCGAAUCCCGCGGGCAGCGGUUCCAAGGUUCCGUCUACCGCGUCAUCAAGGACAUCGUGAGGCACCAUGGCCUCGGAGGUCUGUUCCGCGGACUGGAGAUGACUGUGGCCCGGGAGAUGCCCAGCUACUUUUGCUUCUUCGGAGUGUACGAGGCGGUCCGGGAGGCGCUGAAACCGGCCGGUCGAACCCGUGCCGACUGCGGCCUGCUGGCCACCACAGUGGCCGGGGCCGCGGGCGGUGUGCUUCUGUGGACGGUCACAUUCCCGGUGGACGUGGUCAAGUCUCGGAUACAGCUGGACGACGCGAUGCCCACGCGCGGCUGGACCAUGUGCAUGUUGCGCAUGUACCGGAACGAGGGCGUGGUCGCACUGUACAGCGGCCUUGCGCCGACGCUCGUCAGGUGCGUUCCGUCGUCCGCCGUGCUGUUCCUCGUCUACGAGUACACCAAAAAGCUGUUCGACACCUAG